AUGGGUUCCAACUCAAUCUAUGAUAGUCUCCAAGAUCGCUAUGGUGAAUUGGCUGAUCGCUCUUCCACCAGCCAGCAGAGGAAAGCCGAGCAAAAUAUUGCCCAAGCAUUCGGUUACGAUGCUGCAGAUCUCAGCUCGAUUCCCCAGGCUGCAAACCUUGGAGUGAGCUGUGGGAAUCCCUUGGCCCUUGCCAACUUACGACAGGGCGAAACAGUGAUUGAUCUGGGAAGUGGUGGUGGCAUCGACGUUCUGCUGGCAGCCAAGAAGGUCAGCCCCAAAGGGAAAGCCAUUGGUGUGGACAUGACGAAGAGCAUGCUAGAACUCGCUCGCAAAAAUGCGGAGAAAGCAGGCACUGCCAACGCGUCAUUUAUCGAAGCUUCGAUCACGUCUAUCCCUCUGCCGGACGCCACCGCCGACUGCAUAAUCAGCAACUGCGUGGUGAAUCUGGUUCCUACAGAUGAUAAGCAUCUUGUGUUCCAUGAAAUGUUCCGCUUGCUGGUACCCGGAGGUCGCGUUGCCAUCAGCGAUAUCCUGACUCGAAAGGAACUUCCCCAGGAAGUGGUCAACAGCCUCUCGUUCUACGUUGGAUGCAUUGCAGGAGCUAGCCAAGUUCACGAGUAUGAGAAAUAUCUCUCCGAGGCGGGAUUCAAAGAUGUCGUCAUUGUCGACACCCACAGUGACAUCAAUGUUUACAAAGAUUUGGUUCAAGGGCAAAUGGAUCUUGGAGAGAGGAACGACCAAUUGGAGCCUUCUUCGUGCUGUGGAGGAACACAGGAGAAGAACGCAGCUGGAGGAGAUUUGCUGGAGUGUGACUUUAAUGAAUGGGCUGGCUCGUUUCAAAUUUAUGCAGUUAAGCAAUAG